AUGGCCAAUUUCACCAUUCGCAACCUGACGAUUAACCCAGUCGAGCUAGUUCACGUUCAACGAUUCGAGAGCGAGAAGAUCAAGCAGGGCAAUGUACUCUCAAAUGUGACGACUGCCAUCUCUGGCUUCCUCAACGCUACCGAGAGUGUAUCCCAUGAAAUUCACCCCAGAGGCGAAUCCAUCAAGAGUGACGAUGUAUCGAUUCGCGUCGAGCCUUUCCAGGUCAAAGAAACGGAUGUUCGGUCUGCGGACCCUGGAAAUGAAGUUGUGCGACUGACUUUCAAAACGGAAGACCAUCGGUAUGAGACAGACAUCCCAAGCCCCAGUACGAAAUCUGCCGUCAUGAAGAAGCUGGACGAUGGGCCUCACGAUUUGACCGUGGUAUACGUUCCAAACGGCGCUUUAAUUGCCAUUUUCUCUUCCGCAAAGCUCAAUGCGUGGAUGCAUGAGCUCCAGGACGACUGGCCACUGACGGUCCUGUCCAUUCCUGGCACUCACAACUCGCCUACUUGCCACAAAGCACUUCCCUCGGUUCGUUGCCAAGCUGUUGGUGUUCCAGAGCAGCUUCAAAAUGGCGUCCGCUUUCUUGACAUUCGGGUGUCGGCCAACACAGAUGACGAUGUGCUCACCCUCGUCCACAGCGCGUUUCCAAUCUCUCUCACCGGAAACAAGUACUUUGCCGAUAUGUUGGAGGACAUCUAUAAGUUCCUAGAGGAAAACCCCAGCGAGACCGUCAUUAUGAGUGUCAAGCGCGAAGGCACCGGAAAAGGCACAGACGCCCAGGCAGGCAAGUACCUCAAGAAUGGGUACGUUGAUAAGCGAAGCGACCGCUGGUGGACUGAUCCUAGGGUUCCCAAACUGGGCGAGGCUCGUGGCAAGAUUGUUCUUGUCCGUAGAUUUGGCUUGGAUGACGAGAUGAGAAACGGCGGCUAUGGUAUUGAUGCGCAGGAGUGGCCUGACAACUGCGAGGACGGCGUUGGCGGCGGUGGCGGCUUCCGCAUUCAGGACUUCUACGAAGUCACCGAAAGCCAAAAUAUUGAAAAGAAGAUCGAGUACAGUCGCGGCCAGCUAGAACGGGCCGCAGAGCAAGCCUUUGCACUUGCCGGAAUGCCCAACUACAACGCAGAAGCUCACCCUCCGCCCUUCUUCAUCAACUUCCUCAGUGCCAGCAACUUCUUCAACGCCACAUGUUGGCCUGAGAGAAUUGCCGCCAAGGUGAAUCCUGCUGUGAUUGAGUACCUUUGUGGCAAGCAUGGUGAAGAAGGUAGAGGCCCCAAGCAGCUCAAGGUUGGCACUGCAGGAACUGGUAUUGUAAUUACUGACUGGGUUGGUGCCAAUGACAAUUGGGAUCUUAUCCGCUGCAUUGUGGGCAUGAAUGCUCGCCUUCAGCUUCGAAGAUAG